AUGUCGCGUCACGUCUGUGUUACCGCCGCAGAGGGCCACACAGGCUCCACUAUCGUGGAGCUGCUAUUGACAAACGAUAACUUCAGCAACAACAUUGACUCGGUCACUUGCCUGUCUCUUCAACCUCAUGGAGAAGCUUGCAAUCAGCUAUCCAAGCUCGGGGCUAAGGUCGUUGCGCACGAGCCGGGCCGACUGAGUAAGAUGGUGGACUCUAUUAAAGCGAUCGGCGCAGACACAUUGUGUCUCAUCCCUCCUGCACGCGAGGAUAAGCUCGACCUGACUGUGGAACUGAUUGACGCUGCAAAAAAGGCGAACGUACCUAACGUUUGCUUCAUAAGUUCUGCUGGCUGCGAUCUUGCGGAACGUAAUAAGCAACCAAAACUGCGAGAAUUCAUCGACUUGGAGACACGUGUGUUGUCUAGCAAGGGUGAUCCAUCCACGGCCACCGGCCACUCUCCUGUUGUGAUUAGAGCCGGAUUUUACGCUGAGAACCUGCUUCGUUAUUCCCAGCAUGCGCAAGAAGAAGGAGUUCUUCCCAUCCCGCUUGGAUCUAAUCAUAAAUUUGCUCCAAUUGCAUUAGGGGACGUCGCGCAGGUUGCGGCAUACGUCCUUUCCGGAAAGGGAAAACAUGGAUUUAGCGAUAAACAUCGCGGCCAAUUAAUUGUGUUAACAGGCCCAAUGCUAGCGACUGGAGAUGAACUUGCUUCUGCUGCCAGCAAAGCAUUAGGACAAGAGCUGAGAUUUGAAGAUAUUCCGGAGUCGGAAGCUAAGAGAGUCCUUCAAUCCCAGUCAGCUAGUGAUAAUUCGGAGCAGCAGUACUUACUAGAGUACUAUUCUCUCGUCCGUGAAGGGAAAACGAACUACAUUUCGACCUCGGCCUUCCACGACAUCACCAAUUCGCACCCCCAGGAGCCAGAUGACUUCUUCAAAGUGUAUGCCGAAGAGUUUCAAAGGAAAAGUCCACCAAAGAAACGCAAGACUGGGAAAGCGUAG